CCAAGCCUGAGGAAACUACAAGAGGCUAACAUAUCCGCCAUGUGCGAACCCCACACUUCAGCACCCGAAGCCAGCGCAGACGUCUUCCGCGACCCCGACACCGGGUUCACGUUCUCGCAGUAUAACGCACCGAUCACGACGGGCUCAACCUCCAUCGCAAUGCGAAUAGCGAUCCCAAGCCCGGCACCGUCAGGCACGCCGUACGACGCGGUCAUUCAAGUCGUGGCACCCAUCUCCGCCGGCUGGGUCGGCGUCGCCUGGGGCGGCUCUAUGACAAACAAUCCUUUAUUGGUAGGGUGGGCGAAUGGUGCUAGUGCUGUGACGUCUAUGCGCCGGGCGACCGCCCACACAGCACCCACCGCCUAUACAGGCGCGACCCUGCAAGUCCUGAAAGGCGGCACCAAGACGAACGGGACGCACUGGCAGUUCACGGCCAAGUGCACAGGGUGCACGCAGUUCACGACAACGGGGACCACCACCAAGACCCUCAACCCGGCUGGCACCAACCGCCUCGCCUUCGCCUACUCCAAGGCCAAGCCCAGCCAGCCCGCCUCCGAGUCUAGCCCGAUCAAUGUACAUGAUCUGUUCAAUUACUGGGAGCAUGAUUUCGCGUCUGCGGGUAAUGCGGCGUUUCAGGAUUUGGUGGCUAAGAAUGCUUGAGGCUACCUUACGCCUAGGUAGGUAGGUACCGAAGGGGAAGGGGAACGUUUAGAUGAGGAUGAAAAGGGGGAGGAUGCUGAACUUGAAGAAAUAAAAUUUAACAACACCACUUGCUGCGUAUAUAGGUGCAUGGAGAUCAGGGAGAUAGAUGUAAGCAAGUACUGUCUUUUCCGCGUGUAUAUGUCCUUCACGACUUGUACAUAGAUUUAGUACCUAGGUAUCGGGACAGGAAGGUGUCCGUAUUCUUCCUCAUCUAUCAUACAUGCAUGCAUACAUAUAAGUUGAAUCUGUAAGAAGCACGUUUUUUCUGAGUUACAUCAUGUUCUGGGAUGACAUUUGAGGCUUAAAGGAUGGUAGAUAC